AUGUUGGAUUGGCUAGCCAAAAAACAUUUUGUUCUUUCAGCCAACCUCCAUGGUGGAAGUGUGGUUGCUGUAUAUCCGUUUGACGACGCCAUCCCUCAUGAAUCUUCUGGUCAUUACAGUAAGUCCCCCGAUGAUGCUGUAUUCCAGUACUUGGCCCAUGUGUAUGCCGACCAUCACAAAACAAUGCACAAAGGAAACAUCUGUCAUUAUGAUAAUUUUACGAAAACCCGUGGAAUUACAAAUGGUGCUUAUUGGUAUGACGUACCCGGCGGCAUGCAGGAUUACAAUUACCUGAAAGGAAAUUGUUUUGAAAUCACUUUAGAACUGACUUGUUGUAAAUAUCCCGUCGCUUCACAAAUUGCUUUAGAAUGGUUCAACAACAAAGAUGCACUGUUAACUUAUAUUGAACAGGUUCAUAUUGGUAUUUCUGGAUUUAUUAGAGAAGGAGACAGCACCAUUGGUAUUCCAAAUGCCACUGUACAUGUCCAUGGAAUAAACCAUGAUGUAAAAACUUCUAAAUUUGGAGACUUUUGGCGUUUAUUGGUUCCAGGCACUUAUGAUGUUACUUUUACAGCUAAAGGUUACAAGGCAGUGACAUACACCAAUGUGACAGUUCCUAAGGGGGCAAAUGUCAAGACCGUGGUGAAAAUGUGGAAAGAGGAAUCAAAUAAAAUAAUUGACUCGGACGCUCAUUCAAAUCAACCCACAAAUAAAUCAAAACCUCUUUUGGAAAACCUCAAUUGGUUGGUAAAAGAAAUCGACAAGCUUCAUGAUGCAGAGCACCGAACUGCUCUCAAAUUCGUCGAGCCAAAAGAAUUUAUUUAUCACCAUUUCCCACAGAUGGAAACUUUCUUAAAGACCUGUCGAAAGCUAUGUCCAAAUAUUACUCGUCUUUAUUCAAUUGGAAAGUCUGUUCAAGGUCGAGACUUGUGGGUCUUGGAAAUGACAAGAGAUCCUGGAAUUCACAUUCCAGGCAAACCAGAAUUUAAAUAUAUUGCCAAUAUGCACGGGAAUGAGGUUGUUGGGCGUGAAAUGCUCUUGCUGUUAGCUCAAGUGUUCUGUGAAAAUUAUGGCAAAAAUCCUUUACUUACUGCCAUGCUCAACUAUACAAGAAUUCACCUCAUGCCUUCUAUGAACCCUGAUGGCUUUGAAAAAGCCAAAGAAGGUGAUUGGGAAGGAAUCAAAGGCAGAGCAAAUGGCAAUGAUGUUGAUUUGAACCGUAAUUUCCCAGAUCAAUACUUAAAUCAGGAAGAAAACGAAAUAGUGGAACCAGAGACAGAAGCAGUGAUGAAAUGGCUGAAAUCUAUUCCAUUUGUUCUUUCGGCAAAUCUCCAUGGAGGCUCACUUGUUGCCAAUUACCCAUUUGAUGACACAAAAGACGGUCAUUCAGUUUAUAGCAAGUCACCUGAUGAUGCCAUCUUCUUGCAACUGGCCAAGUCAUACUCUUUGGCUCAUUCAACAAUGCACAAAGGUCAUCCAUGUCCUAAUAUAGGCUCAGAUGAAUACUUUCCAGAUGGUGUUACAAAUGGAGCUAUGUGGUAUAACGUGGCUGGAGGCAUGCAAGAUUGGAACUACUUACAUACAAACUGUUUUGAGAUCACCCUGGAGCUUGGAUGUCAUAAGUAUCCACCAAGAAAAGACCUCGGUAAAUACUGGCAGGCUAACAAAUAUCCACUGAUAGUUUUCAUGGGUCAGAUACAUAAGGGUGUCCGUGGAUUUGUCAGUGAUCAGGUAACUAAUAAGGGCCUUGCAGGUGUGACUUUGACAGUGGCAGGAAUAAACCACACAGUGGUCACUGCCAAAGAUGGUGAUUAUUGGAGACUUUUGGUGGCUGGAAUUUACAAUAUGACAGCUUCAAAGCCUGGGUACAUUUCCAAAACCCACCAAGUGCAGGUGACAUCAGGAGCUGCCACUGUUCUAAACUUCACUCUUUCCAUGCCUGCCAAUAUGAAGUGGUCCAAGAAAUAUGAUUUCGCAUCAUCAAAAACAUCUGUUAACAAUGACAUCAUGAAAUACAAUGAAAUCCAAGAUACGUCCUUAGAGCCUGUUCUCCUGGAGGUUCACCUGACUGCCCUUAAGAAGAUUCCUGUUGACCUGCCGAAACCUCAUGUCGCCCUGAUUGCCAAUCUGAAUGGUGAUGAGCCUGUUUCAGUGGAAAUACUUAUUAGACUCAUCCGGCAUUUGCUUGUAGGCUACAGAGCUAGUCACUCGGAUAUUUCUCAGCUUUUGGAAUCAUCCCAUAUUCAUAUCUACCCUGUGUUGAAUAUUGAACAAUACUCUCUGGCUACACCUGGAGAUUGCUCUCCCCUCAACCAUACUCGACCUCCACUUUACACUUUGCUGAACUCGACUUCCUCGAUUAUACCAGUUUUGAUGAAAGUUUUUUCAAAGCAUCAAUUUUCUCAAGUACUCAGCCUUGAAGCUGGUGGCAAGUUUAUUGUGUUACCUUAUGAGAAAAAAGUAAAAGAUAUUUAUGGCCAGUUGUCUUCCUCCACCCCAGAUGAUGACAUCUUUCAGAUGCUCGGACAAUCUUUCAAUCUGGCUUUUGCUACUCACAAAAGCUGCUCAGCUACAGCCACCCAAGGAAUCAUCCAUGGGGCAGACAUAAUCUUACAUUCUGCUUCCAUAUUAGACUAUGUUUAUGAAAAGUUUGGAACUUAUAUGAUUUCAAGCCAUGUAAGUUGCUGCAAAUACCCACCUGUUUCACAGCUUGCGGAUAUUUGGCAUGAUACCCUUGAACCCCUUAUGGAAUUCCUGAAGAAGGCUAACCAAGGAGUUUAUGGCCAGUUGUUGUACAAUGGAGAUGUACUGUCAAAUGCGACGCUACACAUUGACAAUAAACAGAAGUCAAUUCCAGUUGACAAUGGUCACUUUUUUGCUUUACUCACCACUGGUUCUCAUACAUUGAUGGCAUCUUCUCCAGGCAUGGAUGAAAUGUCUACACAUGUGAUGAUAUCAAAGAAUAAACUUUCAAAGACAACAAUGUCUCUACUUCAAGAAGUUCAGGUGUUAACUUACCAUAACUACGAUGCCAUGUUGAGUGUCUUGCAAAAAGUCAACAGGAAAUGUCCAAAUAUUUCAAAAAUUCACAGUCUUGGGAAGAGCUCUGAGAAGAGGGAUCUUUGGAUGUUUUCAUUUGGAAAGCAAUCACCUCAACCCAAACCUCAUGUCUUCUUGGCUGGCAACUUACAUGGGGAUGAAAUGGUUGGAAGGGAACUUCUCUUGGAACUUGUCUAUCAUCUUUGUGAAAACUACAAAAAGGACUAUAUAAUCACUUCAAUGUUGGACAACAGUUGGCUGCACUUGGUACCUUCGCUGAACCCUGAUGGAGCAGAAAAAGCUUUCCAGAAACGACACAAAAGGCGGCGCCAAUUACAGCCAAAAUGUACUAAUUCUCCUGGAGCUGAGAAUGCAAAUGGUGUUGAUCUGGAUACAGAUUUCUUAAUCGAUGGUGCAAAUAAAUCCAAACAAAUCCAACCAGAAUCUGCAGCCAUUAUGAAAUGGCUGAAAGAAAAAAAACCAACAGUUACAAUAAUUAUGAGGGGUGGCUCCCUUGUUGGCGUGUAUCCUUACCAUAACAGUGCAUCAGGCUAUUUGGGAGGUCCAGACAAAAUUUCUGUGAAACAUCUCAUCAGCAUCUAUGCUCGAGAACACCCAACAAUGUCGAAAGGACAACCUAAUUGUAGUGCAUCAAUUAAAGAGAAUUACAAGAACGGAAUUGCUGAAGCUUGCAAGUUAAGCAACCAUAGUGGCAGCUUACUGGAUUAUGCCUCCGUUGUGUCUCAUAGUCGAGCUGUGAGUAUUUACUUAGGCUGCUGCAAAUUUCCCGCUGAGAAAGAUCUUCUCCAGUAUUGGAAAGACAACCGAAUGGCCUUAUUAAAUCUACUACAAGAGGUGCAUCAAGGUUUCCACGGUGUACUCAUUGAUAAUACUACAAAACUACCUGUGAUCAAUGCCUCUGUGAAUAUCUUUGAGUCUUCAGCUGUCUAUUCUGGAGGGGAGAAAGGUCAAUUCUGGGUCUACCUUGCCCCUGGUUCUUAUAUUGUUACCAUUCAAGCUGAGGGUUACGAUGACUGGAUACAGCAUCUUGAAAUUGUUGAAGGAAAGUUUUCUGAAAAGUACACUAUUGCUAUGACAAGAGAGGCUACUAUUUUUGGCCUUUCAGCAUUACUGGUAAUUCUUAUUACAGCAGCUGCCACAGGUCUGGUCCUUGUCAUUGUUGUUUUCCUUCUGUGUUCCCGGUUUUGUGGGGAGGAACGGUAUCGUGAACAGGGCUUCCAUAAGAUUGAUAGUAACCUUCCCAAUUUCCAGGAGUAUGAAGACGAUGACAUGACCGAUUUCACUGUCGGUGCCAAAUUACUGAAAAAAGAGUAUCAUGACUUUAGUUCUGACGAAGAAGAUGAACUCUUUCACAAGAAGUACACACGCACAAGAUGGUCCAACCAUCCGAAAAUGUUUUAG